AUGGCUGCGCCUAAAAUUAUCGUCCUAGGCAGCCUCAAUGGCCAGCUUGAGCCUGCAUUCAAGAAGCUAGCUACACUUCAUGCAAAGAACAACUUCUCCAUGGCUAUUCUUACUGGUGAUAUCUUCAGCGCAACUCAAGAUGAUGAGUCGGUGGCUGCGCUUCUCGACGGAACCCUUCAAGUUCCCCUUCCAACCUAUUUUACCAUGGGAAGCCACCCUUUGCCCCCGCGCAUCGCCGCAAAGGUCGAAGCUGAAGAGGAAAUCUGCGAGAACCUUCAUUUUCUAGGCAAGAGGAGCAUAACGAAAACAUCUGAUGGUGUUCGAAUCGUCGCUCUCGGCGGUCAAUUGGAUACGAAUCUCAUCGCAGGCCAGUCCAAAGAACAGCACCUACCGUUUCACUCAGUUGACGAUGCGAAGAGCCUACGCGGAGCCCACAGCGCUGACAUUCUCCUGACAUCAAUAUGGCCAACAGGUAUCUGGACUGGCUCUCAAGUUGCGCUUGAUCCUACAAACCAAGCGUCCUUGGCUGUCUCGGACUCGAUCGCAGAGCUAUGCGCAGCACUCAAACCACGAUACCACCUAUCAUCAUCUCCUGAAGGCUUCUUCUACGAACGAGAAGCAUUCGUACAUCCUACCGAGAAGGAGACCGACAACACUUGCGUUACGCGAUUCAUUUCCAUGGCCCCGUAUGGCAACGAAGCUAAGGCAAAGUCUCUGUAUGCAUUCAGCCUCAACAAAGGAGACGCAUCAGUACCUUCCGGCGCCACAGCAUCGCCCUUUAACCCCAAGACCAAGAGACGUGCGCCGAAGGAGGAAUCCUACAAUCGAUAUGGUGGUGAUGAGCACGAGAGGGGGCACAGGGGCCGGCGUCAGAAGCAGCGCCAUCGAUCGCCCCCUCCAGGUCCUGACAGGUGCUACUUUUGUCUGUCAAACCCCAACUUGUCUUCGCAUAUGUGUUGUAGCAUUGGCGAUGACGCAUACAUUUCGACAGCAAAGGGUCCUUUGCCCACGUCUGCGACCUUUGCCGAACAAGGCCUUGAUUUCCCAGGUCACCUAAUCAUCAUUCCACUACCACACAACCCGACGAUUCCCAGUAUUGGACCUGUCGCAGAUCCUAACGGCGAGGCUGCUAAGACAUAUAAGGAGAUGACACGCUUCCGCGAAGCUAUCCAGGCCAUGAUCGCUGCCAAGAGCUCCCACAAACUCGGUGUCGUCACUUGGGAGAUCAGCCGUGAAAACAACGUCCAUCUGAUUUGGCAAUUGAUGCCCUUACCCGCUGAACUCAUCAACAAGGGUCUAGCAGAGGCUGCUUUCAAAGUUGAAGCAGAGAACCAGUCCUUCCCAGCCUUCAAAGUACAAGAAUUGACGCUCGAGCAACAGGCCGAAUCUGGCGGCGAUUUCUUCCGUGUGUGGCUGUGGGCAGACGAUGGCGAGGAACGUAUUAAGGGAAAGUCCCUCGUCAUGCCUCUGCCCUCAGACAUGCGUUUCUUCGAUCUUCAAUUCGGUCGACGAGUGCUGGCCAAGCUACUCAAUCUUGAGGACCGCGUGAUCUGGAAGGCCUGCGAGCAAACUGUCGAGGAUGAGACCAAGGACGUGGAGGCGUUCCGGGAGGCGUUUAAAGAAUGGGAUUUCACUCUUCAAGACGGCGAUGAAGCUGCUGCUUAA